AUGACGAUUUUAUUUAAAAAUAAUUUUAUUGGAAUAUUUUCAAUAUUUGUUCAUUUGUUUGAAAAUAUCAAUAAUGAGGAAAUUUAUAAGGAAUAUUAUGGAAAACAACCAGUGGAAGAAUGUAUUGUUGCUUUGUUUAUGAUGGAAGUUCAAAUGAUACGUAGAGCUUAUGAGUGUUUUUUUGUUGAAAAACCUUCGCCAAAUUCUAAAAUGUUUAUAACUCAUCAUAUCGUUGGAAUUACUUAUUAUCUUGCUACUGGAUUAGCUGUUAUUAUUGAAGGUAUUUGGAAUUUAGGUGUCUUUAAUAAAGAUCAAUUUACUUCUUUUCCUCCCCUUAAGAAUUUUAUAAAUUGGAAUACAAUGAUCGCGAUAUCCCUUUUCAUUUAUGCAUCUUAUCAUCAAAAUGUCUUACACAAACAUUUAGCAUCACUUCGUCCUAUUAAUACUUCAAAUGUUCCAAUUUAUUUGAUUCCAAAGGGAGAUUGGUUUAAUGAUAUUUCUUCGGCACAUUAUUUUGCGGAAAUAUUAAUUUACUUUAGUUUUGUUAUAUUAACCAAAGGAAUGAAUCUAACCUUGUGGUUGGUAUUGAUUUGGACUAUAAUUGGUUUGAGUACUAUUGCAAGGGAAAGUGAUUUAUGGGGAAAAGAAAAGUUUGGCGAAAAAUGGCCCAAUAAAUG